UUUUAGUUUAAUUAUGGCGGCGUGCAGAUUGUAGACAAAGAAAACGACCAAUCGCUUUCGGUUUUUUCUCACAUCGAAUUUAAUUUUUGAAUUUUUCUCUCUAUUUUAUCCAAUUUAUAAUAUAUGUAAACUUUUUCCAAUCGCUUUAAAAAACAACCACAAAGUUAAAAACAACAACUUCCUUUCACAAAACUUUUUUAAAUUUGCUUUUUUCUAUAUAAAACCUUCGAACGUCGGUAUUUUUCGAGUGAAAAAAGAAAAAGUAAAACUGAUGAUCCUUUUUUUAAAACCAAAACUUCAAAACUUGUAUUUCAACAAAUUUGUCUCCCCUCUCCGUGAGUGUGUUUUUUCUUUCCUAUAUUUUAUUUUAAAGUCCAAUUGUUUAAAAAAGUGAAUAAAAUAAAACAUUGUCCUUCUUUUUAUGCAAAGUGUAAUCCCAGAAAAAGAGAAUAAAAAUAUUCUCAUUAAAAAUUAAAGUGAAAAAUAAUUUAAACAAAAAGAAUCAAGUCUGUGCUGAAGAAGAAAAACAAAAAUCCAACCAAAUUCAUAUCAAGAGCAAGUUGUAUAAUUAAAUAAAUAAAAGAAAAGAUAAACAGCCCCCAACACCGCCAUCAAUUUUAUAUCAAAAGUUUACAACAACAACAACCAAAACAACAACUAUUAGAAAGAAAGAAACUCCAACAAGUUCAAAUUAUGGACUGCAAUGCUUGAACGGUUUCGUCUAGGUGGAUUGAGUGGGACCUAUCGCAUUCGUAGUGCAGAACUGGCGCGCGAUAAGAAACAACGACAACAAUGUGUCACUGUACUAUUCCUAGAUGACAGUACACACACCUUUCGGAUUGAUAAACGCGCCAAAGGCUCUGAAUUACUUGAUCAAGUUUUUCAGUUCCUGGAGCUAUCCGAAAGGGAUUAUUUUGGCCUGCUGUUUCCACAGAAACCUGGUGAUGUUGUUCGGUGGGUCGAUGCACAUAAGCAAUUCAAGAAACAAUGGAACAGCAGCUCACUGGAUCCCGAUGCCGUUCCAAUAUUAGAAUUUAGAGUUAAGUUUUAUGUAAGUGAUCCAAGUCGACUACAGGAAGAGUAUACAAGAUAUCAAUUUUAUUUACAAAUCAAGAGGAAUAUAUUUCUGGGUAAAUUGCAGUGCUCCUUGGGCACUCAAUGCCUCUUGGCUAGUUAUACCGUGCAAUCUGAAUUAGGUGAUUUUAAUCCGGCCGAACAUCAACCUGGUUACUUGAGUUGUUUGCAAUUACUAGUGGACCAAAAUGACGAUUCCGAACGUCGAAUAUCAGAAUUACAUAAAUUGCACCGAGGACAACUGCCUGCGGAUGCUGAAUAUAAUUAUUUAGAGCAGUCAAAACGUUUGGAUUUUUAUGGAAUUGAUUUACACAAAGCGACGGAUUCAAGUGGCAAGGAAAUGCAACUGGGAGUAGCCUCUAUUGGGCUGUUGGUAUUCCAAAAUAGUAAUCGAGUUAAUACAUUCUCAUGGUCAAAAAUGGUUAAGGUAUCAUUUAAACGGAAGGAUUUUUUCAUUCAACUUAGACGAGAACCGUCGGAACAUUAUGACACUCUAUUGGGCUUCUGUGUGGGUUCCCAUAAACAUGCCAAAGCCUUAUGGAAAUCCUGUGUUGAACAUCAUUCUUUCUUUAGACUGAAACGCCCUCAUCGGCUUUCGCGCUUCCUUAAUAUAAGCUUGGGAUCAAAAUUCUAUUAUUCUGGCCGAACAGAGUUACAGGCUGUGCAAGAGAGCAGACAACGGGGGAAGAUCCACAAAGCUUUUGUUCGAUCGCCAAGCAAACGACUGAUUCAACAUACGUCCUCGCCAGCAAAUGGUACAUCCGAUAGUAAUGGCACUUCCAUAAAUGGAAAGAAUGCCACAUCAAUAUUAACAAUAACAAAAACAAGCCGUCCGCAUGACAAUAAGGUGACCUCAAAACAAACGGACUCGAUGCCCAGAAAGGCCUGGGAACAACAAAGCGAUGAGUACGAUAUUCAAAUUGAGGGUGGCUUUAUAGAGCAAUGUACCCGUCGAUACGAGUCCCCAAUCCCUCCAGCCUACAGCUCAGAAAACCACAGUCCAAUUCCGUCCGGUGGUGGUGAUGCUGAUAAUCUGAUAACAAUACGCCUGCACUCUGACGAACAAGGUCGCUUCGGUUUCAAUGUGAAGGGUGGCAUUGAUUUGAGUCUGCCCGUGCAGGUGUCCAAAGUUGUGCCUCACACCCCUGCCGAUCGAUGUACGCCUCGAGUGUGUGAGGGCGAUGAAGUUGUGAUGAUCAAUGGGCAAGAUGUUCUCGGUUUGAAGCACGAACAAGUUGUGAACUUGAUUCGAGAAUCUCGGGAGUAUCGAAAUGGAGAACUCUCGCUCACGGUGCGACCAAAUUCUCUCGUUACAAUGUCCGAGGAGGAGCCUCUUUAUCAAUAUGUCCCGGAGAAUGACGAAAUUGGUGGAUCUCAGAAUAUGUUGGAUGGUGAUGCUUUAUUCACACAGAGUUUGCUUCUCCUGAGCGAUGGACUCGCAUCGGGGGCGUUGUUGGCUCAAUACGAGCAGAUGUACAGGAAGAAUCCAGACUUGGCCAUAAGUGAGGCGAAGAAACCCGAGAACAUUGCGAAAAAUCGUUACAGGGACAUUUCACCAUAUGACUGUACCCGAGUGGUGCUUAUAAACUGUAAUUCAGGAGACUACAUCAACGCCAACUAUGUGAAUAUGGAAAUCCCAGGAGGGGCAGUCAAUCGUUACAUAGCAACUCAGGGUCCCUUGGCUAGUACGACCACCGAUUUCUGGCGAAUGGUUCAACAGGAGUCCAGUCAUUUGGUAGUGAUGUUGACCACUGUCAUGGAAGCCGGACGACAAAAAUGCCACCAAUAUUGGCCAGUCACUGGUGACGAACUUAUGCUAGCCGAUGGAUUCUCGGUGAAGUGUCUGAGUGAAAAAGCCGACGAAACUGGAAGUUUUGUAUUUCGAGAGUUUAUUCUCAUCGACAAGAAAACAUCUGAACGACGUUCAAUACAACACAUGCAAUAUUUAGCAUGGCCAGAUCAUUGUGUACCGUCCGAUCCGAAUUUAUUUUUAGAAUUUACCGAAAGAGUGCGUUCGGCACGCAAUAAAACAUUGCUGCAGGAAAUCGAGGAAAGUCUGAAGCAGGUUCGUCUUUUGGAUGCCGAUGCUGAUGCUGAGAAUGGUGGCGGCUUAUCUGGGGAGAGGAAGUGUAUGGCGAGCAAUGGAGUGACGCCCGAAGAUGAGAUACCAGUUUCGACAAGUGUUCAUCAGUGCAUAAGCGCUGCAAAUCCACCUGUGAUAGUUCAUUGCUCAGCCGGGAUAGGUCGUACCGGUGUUCUUAUUCUUAUGGACACUGCAUUAGCGUUAAUGGAAUCUAAGGAACCAGUCUAUCCGUUGGAUAUUGUCCGGACAAUGCGGGAUCAACGUGCUUGCAUGGUUCAGAAUGUCAGCCAAUACAGAUUUGUAUGUGAAUGCAUUUGUGCAGCUUAUAUGAAAAUGUCAAAGAGUGCUGCUAACGAAGAGUGAUAAAUAAUUUUAUUUUAAUAUUUUUUGUUUGUUUAAAACUAAAUCCAUUUGUACUUCUUAACUAGUAUUAUUAUACCUAUUUAAAUCAUCAUAAAUAAGUAAAAGUAAUCGAAACAACACACUUUGAGCCCUCUGCCCCCCCUUACUUAAACUAAACUAUUUGUAAUUGUAAAAAAAAAAACAAUUCUCACUAUCAAUGACCAAAUCACAUAAUUUAAUUAAGUUAACCCACUUUCUGGGAUCACAUUAUUAUGUCUGCCUAGUACCUACAUAUAUCUGCAGCUUAACAAAAGAAAAAUAAGCAUUUAAACACACAAACAGACAUGGAACAAGAUUUAUGUUUUUUUGACUUCUAAGGAAAAUGAGAAGCAAAACUGUUUAACUUGAGUUUAAUCACAUAGCAACAGGACUGCACAUAAUUAUUUAAUUUUAAUUUUAGUAUUAUCUCCAAAGUAAACGAAAAUUAUCCAAGCAAAGAGCUUCCAUUUUAAGAUUUCUUAUUUUUCUUCCUUAUAAGUGAAAAGUUUUUAAAAUCUUGUAUAUUUUUUGAAUAAACUCAAGACUUAGCAGUUAACUUUAAAAAAACAGAAAGAAAAGAAAAACAACUCAUAAAGUAAUAAAAUUAUUAUUUAUUAGUUUUUAAAUUCUCCUUGUGUUGUAUUUUGUAUACAAAAGUAACUAAGUUUUUUUUUGUGUAGCAUUUUGUUUAGUUUAGAAAAUAAUACAAUUAUAAUUAAUACAUUCAUCGUAAAUAUAUCCUUAGCGUAAUAAAAAUGGAAUUAUUAUUAUUAAUAUAUUCUUUAAAAAAAUAUAAGAAAAAAAGAUAAACCUUAUCUUUAUAACAAUGACUUUAUUUAUUUUGUUAUUAUUUGAAUUUAGUUUUUUUAUUAUUAUUAUUCUUAUAGUAAACAAAAUGGAAAGAAAAAAGAAGAAGAUAAUUAUGUAUUCAAAAAAAGAAAAGGAUUACAGAACAAACAAAUCACCACCACCUUUGGUGUAAAACUCUGUAUACCAUAUAAGUAUUUUUCAUCAUCUCUAUUGCUAUCACUGGCCCCUGUGUAAACUGUAUAAUUAUUAUUCUUAUUACUAUAUUAUAUAUAUUAUAAUUUAUGUAUGUAAUGAUUUAAGUUAAACAAAACAUCUAAUAAACAAUACAAAAAACUUUAAAAACAAAAA